ACGGGGUAUGUAGUUGAAUGUGAUGAAUUCGGAAGAAAGUGUAAGGCUCAAAAGGGGAUAAUAGCCAUACCAUAUAGUUACAUGGUGAUCCUAAUUGCCCCUAUCAGCUUUAACUGCCUAAUACUACCUCAGGUAUAGAAUCAUGCAAGUUCUGGACUUACAAUGCAAGCAAUACCGCCCCACAAGAAAUCAUCAGUUUUAAGAUCGAAAUCUCACAUUAUUCUGCUGCUGUUUAUUAUCAUGCAAGUUCUAGUUUACAAGGAAAACCAAACCAGCACGGCACAGAACAAGAAAUCAUCAAAUCUUUUGGCUCAAAAUCUCACAUUAGGCUGCUACUAUUCUCUUGAGUUCGAAAACAGCUCACUUUCG